AACGAACCGCAGCCGGAAGUUACUGUGGAAAAAUAUUAAGACUGUAGCCCCGUGCUCGCUUUUAGAGUAUUCUCUUCCGGGGCAAUUUCUUUGCGUGUCGCUGUGCCGUUUCCUUCUCGGUUCCCGUGUUCAGGGUAGCUUUACGUUCCGCGGAGGCUGACACUAUGGCUCGAAAUGCAGAAAAGGCCAUGACAGCCCUGGCGAGAUUUCGCCAAGCUCAGCUAGAAGAAGGGAAAGUUAAGGAACGAAGGCCUUUUCUUGCUUCAGAAUGUAACGAGCUGCCAAAAGCUGAGAAAUGGAGACGACAGAUUAUUGGUGAAAUUUCCAAGAAGGUGGCACAAAUUCAAAAUGCUGGCUUAGGUGAAUUCAGAAUUCGUGACUUGAAUGAUGAAAUUAACAAACUCCUAAGAGAAAAAGGGCACUGGGAAGUCCGGAUAAAGGAGCUGGGAGGACCUGAUUAUGCAAAAAUUGGUCCCAAAAUGCUUGAUCAUGAAGGAAAAGAAGUUCCAGGAAAUAGAGGGUACAAAUAUUUUGGAGCUGCUAAAGAUUUGCCUGGUGUUAGAGAACUUUUUGAGAAAGAACCUCUUCCUCCUCCCAGAAAGACACGAGCUGAACUCAUGAAGGCUAUUGAUGCAGAAUACUAUGGCUACAGAGAUGAGGAUGAUGGUGUCCUGGAGCCGUUGGAACAGGAACAUGAAAGGAAAGUUAUCACAGCAGCAGUGGAAAAAUGGAAAGCAGAGAGAGAAGCACAACUUGCAAGAGGUGAUAAAGAAGAGGAGGAAGAAGAAAUAAACAUCUAUGCAGUUGAUGAUGAUGAUGAGUCUGAUGAAGAAAGUGGAAAGGAAAAGGAAGGCGAGGAUAGUCAGCAGAAGUUUAUUGCACAUGUCCCAGUGCCAUCACAACAGGAGAUCGAGGAAGCUCUUGUCCGACGAAAGAAGAUGGAACUUCUUCAGAAGUAUGCCAGUGAAGCUCUUAUGGCUCAGAGUGAAGAGGCUAAGAGACUUCUAGGAUUGUAGUAUGUGUUGUGACACUCCUGUUUUAUACUCCAUCCUAAAGCAUCCUGGGAGCAGCUGCUUAAAGCAAUUUAGUUCUGCAGAAAUAAUGUACUCUUUACAAAUGCUUAAAACAAAGGGUGAUUAUUUCCUCUAGUGCAUUUCAUUACAAGCAUUAUACUCUGUCUGAUUCUAUGCAACUUCUUGUUUUUAGCUUCUAUGGUCAAACUCCAAGUAACUAGCUAGUUUGCUUUUGAGCUGUCCUUUUCUAGCUACUUUCCUCUUUACCUAAUUUCUGCUUUUAUGCAGCAAUUUUAAGUGUAAUAACUGCUGUUAAAUUAGGUCAGCAUUCCACUGUGCUUCUCCAGUCUCAGAAGAAUAUAAUGGCAUUUAGCAAAAGCUAUUGCCUAUUGCCUGUAAAUUUGGAACAGAAUUGGAAGGCAGUUUCUACUGCCGCUGUGUUUUUUUUUUGCUUUGACUUUGCAAUAGAACUAAAAUGCCCUGCACACCUAAUGCAGUUUUAAGUAGCAUCCUCAAAGCUCUUAAUAUGAACAUCCACUUGGUUGGAUCUCUGAAGUGCUGGAUAUUUCAGCAAGUAAUACUGUAAAUACUGUUUGACCUUUGUAAUAUCACUCAGACCUUUUCAGUAAAAAAAAUGUAGAUGUGUUGGA